AUGGCUGCGAUUGGAGAAAAACAACGCCUUGCAAUAUGUUAUGGCUAUAUUUUAGUAGCCGUGGCUCAGUUAUCCCUAGUCAUCGUCGCAUCUACCCUCCACAAUGACACAACGCCAUAUACAAAAGCCGCGUAUAAGAGCUCCCAAAGAGCAACACGUACCACCAGCGGAUUGGCCUUUCUCCUCAUGAUGGUCCAAGUCUACCUCUCCGCCAUCAUCACCCUCCUCGGCUGCCCUAUCAUUUACAUUGCGUGGUUUAUUAUCGCUCAAAUAGUAUCUACGGUGUACUUUUGCUAUAUCCCCUGGAGGUACCCGAAGAGUGUCGCACCGCCCGUGGAAGAUGAAUGGUUCCUGGCUGAUCAGGACGACUUGGAGCUGAGGAUUCUUUCGUACAAGAUGGAUCCGGCAUCCUUGAAUAACUAA